CCCCUCAAAGACUUGACCAAGCCUCCUCCCUCCAGCUCUCUCCCCACUUCUUCCAGCCAGUACCUGCAUGCCUUGACAUAAAGACUCCUGGACUUCCAUCCUCCAUCCCCACUGAGGAGACCUGGAAGAAGUGGCUUUUGGUAACAUGGGCCUGAGGAAGUACUCCAUGGAUGAAGAUUUGAAUCUCUGCUUUCAAUCUCCUCCUUUCUCUGACUGGCUCAUGCCACCUUCCUCCUCCUCCUCCUCCUCACCUCAAGCAUCAGAAUGCUUGCCUCUUUUGAGUAGGCUUGAAGAGCAUAAGAAGACCAUCGAGGAAGAUGAUGACUUCUUGAGGAAGGAUGUCUCUCAAGAAAAGGCCACUGUGGCCCUGAAUAUUGGACUGCCAGGUGCUUCAGGAGAGCUUGAUGGAGGGACCAAGCCCAUUUACUGUAAGAAAGAAGAAGUGGAGGACAUGGAGGGAUCUUAUGCUUGCAAUUCGGGCAGUGAAAAAAGAUUUUGGAUUCCCACGCCAUCUCAAAUCCUCAUAGGGCCGAUGCAGUUUUCUUGCACCGUGUGCAAUAAGAGCUUCAAUCGGUACAAUAACAUGCAGAUGCAUAUGUGGGGCCAUGGAUCAGAGUAUAGAAGGGGACCAGAAUCUCUUAGAGGCAUACAACCUAUGGCAAUGCUCAAACUCCCUUGCUACUGUUGUGCUCAUGGGUGCAAGAACAACAUCAAUCACCCUCAAGCGAAGCCAUUGAAGGACUUCAGAACCCUUCAAACUCACUAUAAAAGAAAACAUGGAUCGAAACCCUUCAAGUGCGGGAAGUGUAACAAGUCAUUUGCUGUGAGAGGAGAUUGGAGGACCCAUGAGAAGAACUGUGGCAAGCUGUGGUUUUGUAGUUGUGGGUCUGAUUUCAAACACAAAAGGUCACUCAAUGAUCAUAUAAGAUCAUUUGGAGAGGGUCACUCUCAUUACCUUCAUCCAAAGAUUCCCGAGGUAGAGAAGGAAUGCAUCAUAAGGUUCGAUGAUGAAAUGGUCAAAGGAAAAUAACAUUCCACUGCGUGAAAGUUCAAAGUUAUCUAAAAUCAGUUUCUGCAACUGUUUCUGAAACCCGUGUGAAACUCGUCCUCAAAACCUGAAACUUUAUCUUGUGUGAAGACACAUAUGUAUAAAUAUGUAUGACUAAGUAUCUUAAAAUAGUUUACCUUGAGUUAGGCUUCUCUAACUCAAUUACAUCAAACAAGAAAGUUCAAA